UGGCCGCUCGUGGCAAAGUGCAUGUGGGCGUGGUCUGUGUACACAAUCAAACAUGUCUGAAGCUGGAAACACAGAGGAGCUCAACUUAGGAUGUGAUGAAGCCGGGGAGGAUUGCUUUGGGAAGGUCAUAACUUAUGGAGGAAAAUCAGCAAUAGCUGGUGGUCUGGUUGGAUCUGCCGAGGGCUGUUUCCUGAGCCCAGUGCCUAACUCCACCACUCCCAUGUUGGUACGAGCACUCGGGCUCAUCGCCAGACGAUCCAUGCUCUUUGGUAUUGCUGGUGGUUCGUUUGGAGCUGGUGCUUGUCUCUCAGCUGGGAUAAGGGAUAAAGACGAUCACCUCAAUGCAGCAGUGGGUGGGGCUUUGGUCGGAUCAGUGUUCGGAUUUAAAAAUCGUAGCUGGGGCCUUGGUAUUGGACUGGCCGUUGGAUUCGCUUUCAUCAUGGGAACUAUCAAGUAUAGAUUUGGCACUUAUAUACCUCCGCUUCCACUGACGUCUGCUAAGGACAGGAGAGGACCACCACCCCUAGACCAAGCCUCCAAUGGAGACUGAAUAUUUAUAUAGCUAUAUAUAUAUAUCUGUCACUAUGUCUCACCAAUGUUCUGUAGUAUUGUUCUAAUUGUUAUUAUAAUGCCAUGCUUUUUGGUUG